GAGACAUUUUUGGCAAUGGCUGAGUUGGGAAACACUCAGAAUUUUGAAGCUGCUAGACAGUUACUCAAGGCAAGCUUACAGAAGUCUAAACAAGUUGGUACUGAGUUAGAUGAAACCGGGUCAAGAUUGAGAGAAAUCAACCAAAGACUAGUUCCUUUAGAAGCUGAAGUUAGAGAGGUUCAUAGCCAUAAAACUACAUAUGUCAGAGUGAGGAACCAAGUUGACUGUGCCAUUGGUCCAACAGCUGCAAUUCUGAGGGUUUAUCAGGCUGUUUCCGAGCUUGAGAAGGCACUCAUCUCGUCUGAUCCGCAUACUGAUCUCUUUGCUUACCUCUCACUCAUAAGAAGGCUUGGAGAAGGACUAAAGUUUCUUGCCAGCCACAGCCUGCUAGCAAUUCAGUGGCUCGAAGAUGUUUUCGAGCUCCUUGAAGGCGACGAGCGCCUGUUAAAUUUGAAAAAUUCUUCGAGAAUCUUGAAGCAGUUGCAUGGAAUGGAAGAGAGUUUUCAUAUGGAAGGAGGGUUGCUCUCUGAUGCCUUAGACAAGCUUGAAAAUGAGUUGAGAAAGCUGUUUUUAUUGACAGAGAGUACUGAUUUGGUUCCUAUGGCGUCUCCAUUGGAGUUGCCAGUGUCUGUGAUUGAACAGCUACAUGCCAUAAUUGAGAGGUUAAAGGCUAAUGAUAGACUUGAAAAGUGUGUAUCUUUGUUUGUCAAAAUCCGGGUUUCAAAUGCUAGAAGGAGAUUACAAGCUCUUGGUUUGGAUUAUCUUGAUGUGAAGAUAUCAGAUAGUGAUGAUAUGCAAAGUGUUGAGAAUUACAUUGAGCAAUGGGGUAUGCAUUUGGAGUUGGCUCUGAAACAUAUUUUUGAUCAUGAGUACAGACUCAGCAAAAAAGUGUUUGAGAAAAUUGGUUCGGAUGUUUGGAUGCCUUGUUUCGCAAGAAUUUCGAUAGAAUCAGGAAUCAUUUCUUUCCUUGAAUUUGGAAAUGAAGUUACCAACAUGAAAAAGGAACCCAUCAAGCUCCUCAAGCUGCUAGACAUUUUCAAAGUCCUGAACAAUCUGAGAAUGGAUUUCAACCGGCUUUAUGGCAGCACGGCCUGCAUGGAAAUCCAAAACCCGACGAGGGAACUCGUCAAGAAAGUUGUGGAAGAUGCUUGUGACAUAUUCCAAGAACUCCCCUUCCAAGUAGGAUCACAGAGGCGAUUUUCGCCUCCUCAAGAUGGGAGUGUUCCAAGGCUUGUGAGAUUCAUAACUGACUAUUGUAACCAACUUCUUGGUGAGGACUACAAGCCAGCCUUGACUGAGGUCUUAACCAUCAAUCAAAAAUGGAAACAAGAGAUCUAUCAAGAGGGUCUUCUCUCAAUCCAGUUCUACAACAUGAUGAAGGAAAUUGGGUUGAAUUUGGAUUCAUGGUCAAAGGCCUAUUCAGACACCUCACUCUCAUACCUUUUCAUGAUGAAUAACCAUUGCCAUUUCAGCAAUCUAAGAGGGACAAAGCUUGGUGAUAUGAUGGGAGACACUUGGUUAGCUUCACAUGAUCAGUACAAGGACUACUAUGCAGCUUUGUACCUCAAGGAGAGCUGGGGAAAGACUCUUCUGCCUCUUGUAACCCGAAAAGGUCUAGUUUCGAUUUCGGUUUCAAGAAGAGAAAAAACUAGUACUGGUUUGGAUUAUGAUGCAGAUAACAAGAGAAGGCUCAAGGCUUUCAAUGAGGCAUUUGAAGAAAGCUAUGAAAAGCAAUCGAAUUGGGUGAUUUCAGACGAAAACUUGAGGCGAAAAGUGUGUCGGAUUUUAGUUGAGGAAGUUGUCCCAACUUAUAGGAGUUACAUAGAGAGUUACAGAGCCUUGGUUGAGCAAGAUGCCAGUGCUGGUAAGUAUGUCAAGCACACUGAAAAGAGCUUGGAGAGUAAGCUGAGUUCUCUGUUUCAACCAAAGCUGGCCAAGUUCUCCUCCAACAAACAUGUUCGUUUGAUUGGUAAACUCAAGAAUGUUGUCACCAAUCAGUUUCGGUUUACACUCACUGCUAUGUAAAUAAGAUCUUCUUUAGUAGUGUCAUGUAAAAAUAGUGUUUUAGUGCUUUUACUACUCUUGUUCUUUCUCAACAUUAGAAUAUAAGAAUAUUAUGUACUUGAAUUCUUCCAUUCUUAUGUCAUUGUAUUAUGGGUAGGUAACCAUUUGGUACCCUGUAUUUUUGUAAAGUAUCAUUUUGUUA